UCCAGUCAAUUCCAAUUUGCACUGUUUUGUAGCGUACAUGAAAUGGAGUUCAACGCUUGCACGCAAGAAAAAGAAAAAAAAAAAAAAAACAGAAAAAAGCGCAAACUUUCAAAAAAAGAUGACGGAGAAAAAGAAACUCAGGCAAAACAAGGUCAACUCACUUCACAGCUCUAACCAUUAUAUAUGACCAGAAAGGCCGAGGGAUCUGUAGAUCACUUUGAAUUUCAUUUCUUCAUCCCUGUCAUCAGGUAUUUUGGUGAUUAAAGUAAGAAGCACCUCUAGAUUAUGGGAAACGCUGAAUCAGGAUACAGUGAUACUUAUGAAUCAACUUCAUAUGCAGGAAGUUCAAUGGAUCCAAAGUAUCAAAGAAAGCAGCAAUCCACGUACAUAGCUGAUAAUUUCAAUUCCUUGGAUGAGGUUGUCUCUGCAUUGAGAGAAGCUGGCCUUGAAUCAUCUAAUUUAAUACUUGGUAUUGACUUCACGAAGAGCAAUGAGUGGACAGGCAAGUAUUCAUUCAAGAGGAAAAGCCUUCAUGCAAUCUGUGACACACCUAACCCAUACGAGCAAGCCAUCUCCAUAAUUGGUCAAACUUUGUCUCCUUUUGAUGAAGACAACUUGAUUCCUUGUUUUGGAUUUGGUGACGCAUCAACACAUGAUCAGUACGUGUUCAGUUUUUACCCUGAUCAACGAUCUUGUGGUGGAUUCGAGGAAGCUCUUGCACGAUACAGAGAAAUUGUUCCUUACAUUAAUUUGUCAGGUCCCACUUCUUUUGCCCCCAUAAUUGAUGCUGCUAUUGAUAUUGUGGACAGAAGCAAUGGGCAGUAUCAUGUCCUCGUCAUUAUUGCAGAUGGACAGGUUACCAGGGGUCCUCAUAUUCAACCUGGAAGGUUAAGCUUACAAGAACAAGCAACUGUAAACUCUAUUGUUGCUGCAAGCCAAUAUCCUCUUUCAAUUAUUUUUGUUGGAGUGGGAGAUGGGCCGUGGGAUGCAAUGGAACAAUUUGAUGAUAACAUUCCACAUCGUGCAUUUGACAAUUUCCAGUUUGUUAACCUUACAAAAAUCAUGUCUGAGAACAAGGAUAUGUCAAAGAAGGAGGCAGCUUUUGCACUUGCUGCACUCAUGGAAAUUCCAUAUCAGUACAGAGCCACCCAAUGCCGUCCUUUCAUUGAAAAUGCAGGAGCUCCAAGGACAAAGCCGCUUCCUCCUCCACGUGAAGUGAUAGAACAUGAUAAUUCUGUUAAAUCAUUUGCUCAUAUGACUAACUUUGAAUCAGUCAAGCAAACAGCAUCAGUGGAUCUAGUUUGUCCGAUUUGCCUCACAAAUCGAAAGGAUAUGGCUUUUGGGUGCGGCCAUUUGACUUGCAAGGAAUGUAGUGUGACAAUUUCAUCUUGCCCUCUUUGCCGGAAGCCCAUAACGACACGCUUGAGACUAUAUUCUUGAGUGGGAGACCUGCCUCUGCAAAUGUCAGGAGCUUUAACGUUGCUAGCGUAUCAUGGUCACACAUCAUCUUUUACAUAUACUGGGGUUAUAGAUCUUUAAAUAGCUCAAGUCUUGGGUGUAUAGAGUUACUUAAUUUUGGCUUGGUGUUGAUUACAUGAAUCCUUUCUUUUUUUCUGGUCUACCACAUGCAGAAAAGUGUGUGUAAAAAGUUUACUGCGUAACAAUAAUGUAAGUAGACUUUGGUUGAGAAAUUUAUGUCAUUGAAUUGAAUUCUAAGGCUUUUCCAUUGUUAA